GAUGUCCAGGGACCCCCGAACAGUGGCCGGAAUGCCCAGGCUAAAUCAGUCCGGGCACCCGGCAUUCUAAAUGGAUGAGAGGUUGUGUUGCUGCCACUGCCGUUGAAGUUUGAAUCCUGAAACACAGCUCAAUCGCAGCCUGGUUGCCUUGCUGGUGGAAACAAAUAUGAACGCAUUUGCAACCCUCCGCAGCUUUUAAACAUUUUUAAACUGAACUCGUGCACAAACUCGCUCCUCAAACAUUCCUGAGAUGUCGUGCUUCUUGAUGUUCGUCUUGUUUGCAAUCCACGUGAUUGCCCAGCAGGAUGGUGACACUUGGUUGGAGGGGAACGGCUCCGCUCCCCAGUUACGCUCUGGGACUUCAGCGACGCUGUUCAACAAGGACGGCUGUAAGACAGGCAAAACGUAUUUCACCAUCCCUGAUGGCUGGAAGACAAAGAAAUGCCGCAAGACGGUUUGUGUCUCAGCUGACCCUGGCUACGUUAUCGACAGUACCACACUAGUGGUUGGCAAACUUCGGUGCAAGGGGAGAAAAAAACCAUGUUGCGGAGAGGCCUACACCGUCAAUGUGAAGGUAUACCAAAUUGGAAACGUUACCUUGCCGAUCCCUAUCGAAAUACCGGAAAAAGCAUGUGUUCAUAUCCAGGCUGAGGGCGCGAAGAAGCACAACGUCAGAGGGAAGGCAAAGUGCAGCAUUACUGCCACACAACGUCUCUUCAGCCUGUGAGUGAAGACAGACAAACCACUCAUGAAGGUGAGAGCGGCUGAAGCUUCUUUUAAUCUCAGGCCCUCCUGCACAGAUGCAAGAUCAAGGGUCUACAUAGGAAUUAAUUCGCCCCUCACCAAAGUACCUUGUCAAGCUUGGAUGAGGCGGGAAACAGCGGCAACACGAAGUUUGCCACACCUUUCUUUUGAAGCUACAGAGGUUGCUACAACAGCUUUUGACCCACCCCAGGUUUAGAUGAGUCUGGACACAGAUUUACAGAUGGGGCAGUCGUCGCGACUUGAGGGUUGGUGUUGAAA